AUGUCGGUUGUUCAAAUGGCCUUGGGCUUCAUUGAUGCGUGUAGCGAAGAAGAAAUCCUACAGUGUCGCGAAAAAGCUCUAGAUGCCGUUCGGAAGCUAGAGAGGGUUUUAGGUCUUCCUUCGAGAGAUAUGCCCUCCCCGACGGCUGAGACUCCGUCUAUCGAUCCACUCGAGAAAAAGUCCGAGAGAAUACUCGAUAGCAUACAGAAAAACCUCACCAGUAUCCUCUCCCUCGGUCGCAAAAAGGCGAAGGACGCACUCGAACAACCACCGCUGUUCCGCGAGGACCCCAGAGUUCUCGACGCUCGAAUCUACCGUGGCGCCACGAAGAAGACACCAAAGUUGAUGUUCCGGACAUCACUAGCCAUCAGGAAUAUUAGCAUGGACUUCGCAAAGUUUCAAACCAAGAAACGUGGCUGUUCCAGGGUAGCCGAGCAGGUAAAGUGGCUUACAUCGAAUUCUGACCAGACCCAAGACGAAGCUACCAUCGAUAAAUUCAUCGAAGAGAACCAUAUCGUCGACAGCGACACGUUCAAAUGGAUGAUAAUAUCUGGCACUAAAAUGCUCGUUCUUGAGGAACUUUUGGGGAGUUGUGGUAUAUCGACUCUGCUGUGGAGAUUACCGACCUGGAGUAAAUCGCUGAGCUAUCCUGCACUGCCAAUCUUUCUGGAACUAUUUCUGCAUAUGCCGAAAUACGAAAGAAUCCGCAGAGCAGCAGAAGAUCUGACAAAAUGGUACGAAAAAUGCCAAAGGCUAUACGACAAAAACAUAACUCUUCAACAAGCUAUGUUCGAGAAUCAUCCAGCUAUACCAACGAGACAUCUCCCGGGGUCCAUGAGCGAUGAUAAUACGGUUGUUUCAAUGGGUGAUACGGUGGUCUCAACCAAUACAGUCUGGCGAGAAGACCCCUUAGGCCUUUCUGUGACGAAUAUGACCGGAGAUGAACCUGCAAAUGAUGAGGACAGUACGGAAGGAUGUAUACCUACUCCUGCCCUAUUCGAGGAUGCCAAUGUCAUGGGGGUCCAAGACAUUUGUGCCGUACAAGAGCAUCAGUUACAUCGAUUUUCUCCUCCCAGCCAAAGCCCUGUUGGUCACGCAGAUGGAUCGCAAACAAACAACUAUCGACAUCAUGACCUCUGUCGGAGACAAAGCGCAAAUGCGGAUGAUAUAUCCGCGUUACCGAUUCGUUAUCCUUUAGGCACUGAGCUCCUUCAACCUAGGGAGCUAGUUGACUUGCUGAAUGCUCCGAUUCACCCUGUGAAUUUUGUCGACCCCAUAGACACUCCCAUCCACCCUAGAGCUAUCACCGAGGUGAUGGGUUGUCCAACACUUCCUGCAGAGCAAGGGGACUUCUUUUCUCGACCUACCCAACAGUCAGUACAAUCCAACUACAACUCUACGACACUACCAACCUUAGAGGUGUCCCUCAAUUCAGCAGAGACUGAAUAUGCAAGAGCAACGUCAACCUUGCCGCGUCUACCUCCAGAGAUGAACAGUUACGCCUAUCCGACAGCCGACGUCAACAUAAACCUUUCUCAAGGCAAUUAUCCAGCUAGCACCAACCCACAGCUGUUUGCCAAUCUGUUCCGGGUUCCACAAGCUUGUCUUUGA